GCAAAAGUGAGAAGGCAAAAAAAAUAACAUGGCAGGAGACGAACGAGUAGCAAACAAAUGAAAUGUGUUGUAAUGUCUAAAGUGAAUGUUGUAUUGUAGAGAAAUGUAAGGAAAAUAUACAACAAAAGUGUAAUCGUUGGAAAAAAAAGAAAGCUUUUUGUGCUGUGAAUUGUGAAAAGAAGAAAAUUGAGAGUAACAAAAGAAAUGAGUGAAAAGAGCAAAAAGUGUAACAUUAUUUAAAAUGAUGUAGGCUAAACGACGGGGGUGCAAAAUUACCCUUUUUUAUUAUUUUUCAUUUCUUCAGCACUCACCCCAGUCCAAAAAAAAAAGUAUAAAAAUCAUUUUUCUACCUCACCUCACAUCUCCCUCCACCGACGAAAUAAAAUCAGCAGCUGCUUUUUGUGAGUGCUCGCGCGGCUGCUUAACAUUUUCGUUUUACGGUGAAAAAUGAUUUUGAAAAUUUAUGAUAUUGUGGAGCUCACGACGUUUAUGCUUUUGAAGCUUGUGUUGUUUUUAUGUCUGGCACAAGGAUACACAAAGAAUGAUAAAGAAAAACUUGCUCCCAUAACAAACGUUGAGGCAAUUGAGGGACAACAGACUCAUCUUUAUUGUCCAAUGGCAACACCAAAUGGUGAUCGGAUUAAUAUGGUCCUUUGGUUCAAGGAUGAUGUUGGUGUGCCGAUUUAUCGUUUUGAUGUUCGUGGAAAAUCAAUGUCUGAUGCGACAGAAUGGUCGGAUGCUACCGUAUUUGGAACUCGUGCCAAAUUUAUUACACAGUCUGAACCAGCAUUUUUAGAGAUAGAUGACAUUAAGCGACAUGAUCAAGGCAUUUAUCGAUGUCGAGUGGACUUUCAAACUAGUCAAACAAUUAGUUUAAGAUUUAACCUAACAGUGAUAAUUUUGCCGGAAAAUCCGAUUAUUUUGGAUCGUUGGGGUCGCAUUAUAAAUAGAACAACCAUUGGACCAAUGGAGGAGGGCGAUGAUGUUAUUCUUUCAUGUCGUGUAGUAGGAGGACGACCCCCACCAGAUGUGUCGUGGUUUUUAAACGGCGAACUCAUUGACGACGAAUUCGAGCAUAGUUCUGGCAAUAUAAUAGAGAAUCGUUUACUGUGGCCUUCAAUUCAACGACACGAUUUGUAUUCGGUAUUCACGUGUCGUGCUGUCAAUACGAAAACAGUAGCGCCUAGAGAAAAGCGUUUAGUAUUAGAUAUGUACCUAAAACCAAUUUACGUGAAUAUUCUCAACAGUUCGUUAACACUUGUUGCGGAUAGAAAGUACGAAAUUCAUUGUGUAACAUCAGGGUCGCGUCCUGAUGCAAUUAUUACAUGGUUUAAAGGCAAAAAGUCAUUGAAGAGGAUACGUGAUUAUAGCAAAAACAAUGAGACCACAUCAAUACUCAAUUUCGUACCAUCGAUUGAGGAUAAUGGGAAGAUGAUGACGUGUCAUGCUGAAAAUCCUAAUGUUGCUGGCAUGUCUGUUGAAGAUAGUUGGAAUAUGAGUGUCUUUUAUCCACCAGUAAUAUCAUUAGAACUCGGCUCAAAAUUGCAACCCGGUGAUAUAAAAGAAGGCGACGAUGUCUAUUUUGAAUGUAAAAUUGAAGCAAAUCCAAAAUUCCGUAAAUUACAAUGGCUUCAUAAUGGACGACCAUUAAAAACAAAUAGCAGCACGAAAAUUGUCAAAUCAAAUCAAAGUUUGGUGCUACAGAAAGUUACAAGAUUCUCAGCUGGAAAAUAUUCAUGUUCUGCACUCAACUCCGAAGGCGAAACAGUGAGCAAUGAAUUUUUAUUGAAAGUAAAGUACGUACCAAUUUGUGCCACUGACAAAAUGAUGAUUGUUGGAGCGACAAAAGGCGAAAAUGUUCAACUGAGUUGCGAUGUGAAAUCGUAUCCGUUACCGAAAAAGUUUCAUUGGAAAUUUGAAAAUUCUGAAGAGUCGGUGGAAAUUGAUUCAAGUAAAUUUUUCAACAAUGGAACGAAGAGUUUAUUGAGUAUAUCGACAGCCACAGAUCAUGAUUACGGGAGCUUCUCAUGCUGGGCGAAGAACGAGAUUGGAGUACAAGCAUCACCAUGUAUAUUUCAACUAAUUCUAGCUGGUCCACCUUCACCUGUUACAAAUUGUUCGUGGACAAAUGAGUCUGAAUCAUCACUUGUUAUUAAUUGUAGUCCUAAUUAUGAUGGUGGACUCAAUCAAGCUUUUAUUUUAGAAGUUUCAUCACUGAAGCAUAAAGUUCAAUUAUUUAAUAUAAGCAACACAAACGAACCGACAUUUAGGUUCGAUCCAAAUCGUAGAAUAUUCGAAAGAUUUCAAAAUUCAUCAGAAAAUGACAUCCUACGUGUCAGCGUAUAUGCACGAAAUCAAAAAGGCAGAAGUGUAGGAAUUUUUAUCACAGAAUUUCAUCUCGGAAAUUACAAACGUAGUUCAAGUGAUCUCAAAGAGUCAUCAUCAACAUCACCAAUAGUCUUAGGAAUAUUUUUUACACUACUCAUCAUCGGAUUGACAAUCAUAGCGCGACUAUUUUGGAAAUCGAGAAAGAUAAAGAAGGAAGUUGUGAAGGAGGAUAAAUAUAAUAUGGAAUCUAGAUGCUCAUUACUCAAACAGGAUAAUUUUGCGUCGGAUGCUUUCUCAAGUCCAAAAUUCAAGCCGACAGGCACGAGCAUAAAAACGAGAGGGAAAAUUGAGACUAUAGAUGAUGAACAGGAUCCAGAUCUCAUACCACACUAUCCACGUCUCACAAACAUUCAUCAAGAGGAAUUGAUACCAAUGAAUUCAGAUCCAUCAUUUCUUAAUCGUGAUAGACAUAAGAAUGCAGCAAAUGAUUUUCUUCAUGAUGUUGAAAUCAAUUUUAAUGGACUGCUUAUGAAUGGAAAAGUACCCGAGAGUUGUGUAUGAAAUUUACUUCUUUUUAUUCUUUUUUAAUUUAUAAAAAAAAAUUGCUUCCUUUUUGUUUUGUUUGCGUAGCUGUUGAGUUGUGAAUUCAAUUUCAUUGUUCAACUGCAAUUGGGAAUUUAGCAAUAGAGUUUGGAGGGGUUGUUCAUAAAUGAUGGUAAAUGAAUUCAGGUUUAAGACUUAUGGAACUCGAUUUUUCCACAAUACUGCAGUUUUCAGCUAGCUUUCGAGUUCUGCAGUGGAAAAUGUAUAAGUUGAGAAAUCAUAGUCAAGGAUUAUGAACAGCAAGGCUAAGCUUCAAGGUCUACCCUAUGAUAAAAAAUUAUUUCGAUGACCUACGUUAUGGGAUAUAAAUAAAAUCAAUUUGAGAUUAAGUUAGAGUGUCCUGGUAGUUAUAGAAACCAGGACUAGUUCCACAGAUAUUUUCUAAAAUAUCCCAACAAUAGGCUUCGAUUCUGAGCCUUUUAUUAAGCUAUUUAACGUGAUGCAAAUCGAGUAUGAGAUUGAAAUGUUUAUUUUAAACAAUUCAGACCAUUUUGGAACAGUUUCUGCGUGGGUGGUCGACUACCAUGAUGGUUCUAUUGCACUCUUACAAUUACGAAUUCUUAUUCAUUCACACAAUCUUUAUGAUUAGUCUGUCCAUCAGUUUUUACCGGUUGGUCAAAAAGCGUAACAUGUCCUGAUUUCAGCUCUAAAAAAGUGGGACAAACCGAAUUUUCAAGCAUUUUCCAAGAAAAAUAGUUUUAAAAUAGCGGGACAUUAAGGAUUUUAGGCAGGACAUUGUUUAGAAAAGCAGGAUUGUCCCUCUCAAAAGUGAGCAGUAGCACAGCUUAUUUAUAAUGGACACCAUAAGUGAACAACCCCUUUUAUUGUGUUUGAAAAAAUCGCAAUUAACCCACUUUUAAAGAAUCAUCUUUUGUUCCACAAAAUAAGUUUACUCAUUAAUAAUGAAUCGCAGAACAAACACAAGUGGGAUUUCCGUUGAAAAAUUGAUGAAAAUAAUUUUUCCUACAUUUUUUCAUUCUGAAACCUUUUCGAUAAAUUAAUCAUAAUUUUGCGUUCUUUUUCUCGAGAAACCCAAUUAAAUAUCAAAUGUUGAGAUAUCUUUUUUAUAAGAAGCUUUCAUGUUUAUAAUAAGAGAUUGUACAGAUAUGAACAAAAAAAGAAAUAAAAAACAAAGUAUGGCAUCUGAAAGGAUG